AUGUCUCAAACUCUGGAAAGCUCGGAAAAGAACAAGCAAUUGCUUGAAGAAGAUGAAGUGGUCAUCUUACCUGACGUAGACAACUCUGAGCUGAUAGCUCGCUACAACCUUAGUUUGGUCGGUAGGAUUUUCAACAAAGAGAGACGCAAUGUGGAAGCUCUGAUAGCUCUCCUCCCUAGGCACAGCAUAUGGGAUGUGGAAGGUCGUGCUCGUGGUGUAGACCUUGGAAACCAUCGAUUCCAAUUUGAUUUCGACUCAGAAGCUGACCUUCUAAAGGUUCUAGGUAAGCGUCCCUGCCACUUCAACAAGUGGUCGUUUGCCCUCGAGAGAUGGGCUCCUCAUGUUGGUGACUCAUUCCCAAACACCAUUACCUUUUGGGUUUGUGCGACGGGGAUACCAACCCACUAUUGGAUGGAUCCGAUUUUCCGUACUUUGGAAAAAAGACUUGGACUUGUUGGAAAGAUUGAUGCGAAAGCGGCAAAGUUUCAAGUCGAGAUCAAUGGAGACCAACCACUAAAAUUUUCUCUUCGUGCUCAAAUCCCCUCAGGAGAAAUUGUCCCAGUCUCUUUUGAAUAUGUAAACCUUUUCCGAUGGUGCCACAACUGCCAUCUCAUCUCCCAUGAAGCUGAAAACUGCCAGAAGAAAGAAAACAGAGAUUGUUGGCUAAAGAAGCAAGUAGAGAGCAGAGUGGUUUCAUCAGGAAGGAAGACAUAA